UCCCUAGUCUCACUCCGAGGAGUUCGGAUCUCGCUAUGUCGAUUUUGGCAACUUUACUGGGACUUUGCGAUGACGAGGAUCAGCUGCGAUUGGCCUUUGAGGAGGUACAAAAUCCCAGUGUCCCCUGCAGGCAGACAACGAACCUGAGGAUGUCGGCCCCGAUUCGCUACUACUAUGACCUGAUGUCACAGCCCUCGAGGGCGUUGUUCAUUAUCUUCCGGCUGAGUAACAUGCCCUUUGAAGACUGCGUGGUGGCUCUACGGAAUGGUGAACACCUAACCGAGGAUUUCAAGCAGCAGAUUAACCGCUUCCAACGCGUGCCCUGCAUCCACGAUAAUGGCUACAAGCUGGCAGAGAGUGUGGCCAUUCUGCGCUACUUAAGCGCCAAGGGAAAGAUCCCGGAGCACCUGUACCCCAAGUACUUUGUGGACCAGAGCCGCGUGGACGAGUUCCUUGAGUGGCAGCACAUGUCCUUGCGGCUCACAUGCGCCUUGUACUUCCGCACUGUAUGGCUGGAGCCGCUCCUUACCGGACGCACUCCCUCCGAGGCCAAGAUCGAGACAUUCCGCAUGCACAUGGAGCGCAAUCUCGACGUGGUCGAGGAGGUUUGGCUGGAGGGCAAAGACUUUCUCACCGGAUCCACUCUCACCGUGGCGGACAUCUUUGCAGCCUGCGAAAUCGAACAGACACGCAUGGCUGACUAUGACGUCAGGAUCAAGUACCCCAAAAUCCGUGCCUGGCUGAAGAGAGUCCGCCAAAGCUGCAAUCCGCACUACGAUGUGGCCCACGAGUUCGUCUACAAGAUUUCGGGAACGGGUCCACAGGCUAAGCUCUAAGCUCCACCAUCCAUCGGGCCAUACUGUACAUAGAUCAUUAUCAUUGCUGGGGAAUUAGAUAUUAGAAAAUAAAAAAAAAAACAACUUGUUUCUGGUUUAUAGUUGUACAAUUUAUUCUUAA